UCGUAAGAGAUAAUAAUAUAGCAAUAUAGAAAUAUAGGUACAGAAAAAAAUUUCUAGAGAAAGAAGUUCGUACAAAUGCGUCACAAUACUUGCACAGAAAUGACUUGUGCGGCAGAUAGUUAUUAUUCUAUUAAUCGAAUCCUAUUAUUAAUUGUCGGUUUAUGGCCUUACCAAAAACCUGCUUUCAGACAUUUUCUAAUAACAUUUAUAACUAUAUUACUUAUUUCCAGCGUAGUAUUUCAGCUUACAACCUUUAUCACGACAGAAUACAGCAUGGAUCUUCUUUUGAAGGUCCUCGCGUACACCAUUCCAUGGAUGAGUUAUUUAUUGAAGUAUAACAUUCUUUGCGUAAAUAAGAAAAAGAUGCGAAGCCUCAUGGAACGAGUGCGUUGCGAUUGGAAUGAAUUAAAUAACGCGCUUGAACUUGAAAUAAUAAAAAAAUAUUCAACUUUAGGAAGAUUAAUCACGUUGGGUACAACACUGUUCGUCUAUAUAAGUACAUUUGGUUUCAUUGUGAUACAGCUUUUGUCAAAUUUUAUUCUUAACAUAGCAGUGGCAACAAACGAGUCUCAUCCACGACAACUUCCAGCCCCAUUCGAGUGUUUUGUGGAUGAACAAAAAUAUUUUACUCUACUUUUAUUAUUUAUAUUCAUUUUGGCUUUAUGUGGAUUAACCACAAUGGUAGCGACCGAGACACUUUUUAUGUCGUAUACGCAACAUGCAUGUGGAUUAUUUGAAGUAGCCAAUUGCCGCAUAGAGCAAGCAUUGCACAGAGGUAUGGCACGAAAUGUAUCAUCUGUUGCUGAACAAAACUCAAUAAUGUGUCAGGGGAUAAUCAGUAUGAUCGAUAUGCACAAGAAAGCAAUCGAGUUUAUCGAAUUGUCGAAUGCAAAUUUUAAAUUGGCGUAUUUAUUUACACUGCCAAUGGCCACAUUGACGCUGAGUAUUAAUCUUUAUCGCCUUUCACGAUUGCUAAUGACCAAGGAAUAUCACGAGAUAAUAACAACUGGUACUUUCGUUCUUGGUCAGUUUUGGUACUUGUUCUUUUGCAAUUAUGUGGGACAAGAAGUGAUUGAUCAUAGUGGCAAUAUCUUUCAUAAGACAUACAACGUACAAUGGUAUAUGGUUCCGUUAAAAGUGCAAAAGUUAUUGCUAUUUGUAAUGCAAAGAAGCAUGCGACAUUGCACGAUAAUGAUUGGCGGCUUAUUCAUUCCAUCACUAGAAGGAUUCGCCACGCUCACAAGCAUGUCACUUUCCUAUUUUAUGGUAAUUUAUUCUGUCCAGUGAUUGUGCUUCUAAAAUAAAAUUCAUUAAAAUAAAAUUCAUAGUUGAGCACAUAGAUCGUCACGAUGCAAAUAAUUCUGAUAUAUUUGUUGCAAAUACUGAUAUAAUAAUACAAAAGCAAUUAAUC